CUACAGGAAGUCAAACAACAACAACAGACAUACCCAUGCUUCCACGUGAAGACAUCAUGGAUGUAUAAUAAUAAGAAGUCAUGGCUGAGAGGGGAGAAGCGGACUUUAAUGAUAUCUUAGAUGACUGGUUCAUCGAGUCGCUGAAGACGUACAAAGAUCUCCAUGUGUAUCAGCUGGAACAUCCCACCCAGGUCAUCGAGUGGACGUCAGGGAAGACCGUGUGUGUCGCAGGAUACAGCUCGUCUAAAAAUGAAAUUCUUGAGCUACAGUUGCCUCUGAAACUCUUCGCUGAGGAAAAUAAGGGUCUCUGUGCAGAACGGGAUUUUAAAGUAGUCCAUGGGGGGUUCACGGAGGGUCCUGUUCGCUGCCUCCGACACGUCCCAGGAACAAGGUGUGUUGUUACCAACGAUGGGUUGACCUCCGACCUGCAGGUGUGGACCGUCGGAGGAGACGACAGCGACGUGAUCAGAAGAACAGGAAGUGUCGCAGGGAGGAAGACGAGGAGGAAGAAGAGUGAUUCAGAAGGAGGCAGCAGGAUCGCAGCCCGACACUCGUCACAAGUUCUUCAUGGAGCUCAGAGCGACGACAUCCAGCUGACACAACUGACCUCAGGACAGAUCCUCUACACACCAGAGAUUACCUCCUCCGAUCCUCUGAGCUCUCUGCAGUUUGUGAGCGACGACGUCUUCCUCGCCGGCUGCUGCAACGGGAACGUUUACAUCGCCGACACUCGGGCGUCCGCCUCCCCUCAGCUCUCACCUGCACCUCCAGGUGAGUCUGUCCUCUGGUGGACGGACGCCGCGGCAGGUGCGUCCAGCGGCAGCUUCAUCAGAGUGUCCUCGUCUGGACUGGCUGAGAUUUCAGACUUAAGGAACCCGGGAGCAGCGGUGAGCCGGGCUCAGCUGUCCGUCCAAUCACGUCGCUGCAACCCGGGCGAUGUCACAGUGUCGUGGGCUCCGGCUCUGAACGACUGCAUCGCAGUGUCCGGCUUCAGUGGACUGGUGCAGAUCUACAACACGUCGGGGUGGGGGGCGGAGCUGCAGGAAGUCCAGCCGCUGUUUGAGCAUCGCGGCCACGCAGUUUCAUCGCAGUCUGACGAGGGCGACGUGUUCGCCACGUCCCAGCUGUGGCACCCCGAGCGGCCGCGGACGCUGCUGUCUGCGGCCUCGGACGGCUCUGUACACGUGUGGGACUGGGUCGACCAAUCGGAUGCCGACAGGUAAAAACUAAAGACAAAGUUCACGUAGGAGGAGAAGGAUGUUCAACGGACUGAAGAAGCAUUUCACUGAAACUACAAGAAACACAGCAUGACCGUCUGGAGAAAAAUCACUCAAUUUGGUCGCAGAAAAAUCCUCAGUAAAUGGCAGGAAACAUGAACAGCAUUUUGAUUAAUAAUUAAAACACAAAUUAAAUCCGAUGGCUUCUUGUUUUUGUAUUACAGCAAAAAUGAGUAUCCAUUAAUAAAUACAUUCACUGCACAGCAACAGGAACGUUUUAAAAGAGUCAUUCUUACCUCUAGUGGCAUCUUGCCAUGCUUAUAGUUUUAGAUUUCAUGUGCUGACUUUGAGGUUUUUCCAAACUCGUAUUCAAACUUUAAGUAAUGCUUGCAUUCGGGUUAGACUAAUUAGAUUUCACUUUUUGAUAUACUGAACCUUGUAAAAAGGUUAUAUUUGCUAGAUAAAUUACCUCUAUUGAAAGUGGGUUCAGAGUUUCUGCAAAGAUUCUCUAAGGAGCACAAAAUACAAAGCAUGCCCUCUGCUGUACCAGGGUUGAGACGACCAUCUGCAGGGACAGAUAACACGGGUUGAUCAUAAAGUGUGUUUUUGGGUCAUUGGGUGACCCCCUUUUCAAAUCCCAACAUGCCACAUCUGCAAUACAGCGAGAACCAACUCUGUGGUUUGAAAUGGACUAACUUCUUCAUUAGGGAACAAUGAGGGAAGUGCGACAGUUUUUACUUGUUUGUGCGUCCUGUGAAAAGGUCAGAAAAAGUUUUAAACGUUUGUUAGUCCAUUUGUCCCUAACAUGUUUUGGUUAACUGAAAUAAAAUAUCCCAAACUUGU